UAUAUAUCACUAUUGAACAAACAGUGCACUCGUUAUGCAUCAUUACCUGAUGUCAAUAGAGAGAAGAUUGUGUAUUAAAUAGUUUCUUGUUCUACUACUCCUUUUCACCCUCUCUUAUAAACCAAGAUCAAACAAUACGACUAUAAGGUCUCGUACAAAUUUUCCAAGAUCGUAUGAAAAUGGUAUUGUACAGUUCUUGUAUAUUUUGUUCAUAGUCAAUUGUCAUGAUACACAGAAGAGAUGGGAGAGGAAGGGAAUAUCACCCCUCUGUCAUUUUUCGUCUAUCUUGAAGAAAUAUUCAUUUUAAAUAAACGCUUAUCUUUUAUUAUUUUACAUACCGUUGAGUUUUAUGAAUAAAAGAAAACAAAUUUGUAUUUAAUCGAAUUAAUAAAAUCGUCUUUAGUGUGCUUUUUAAUUAGAUAAACAUAAAAAAGACGCAUUUUCAAUUAUAAAAGUUAUAGCAUUUAAAUCAGAACAUAUUUAAUCGCUUAAACAAUCCUAUAGUAUGAUAUUAGUACGAUCAUACAGCGUGAAUCUUACGGAAUCCGAUGGUCUAAGAGAUCUUAUAUGUUCUUUGCAAGAUUUUCUAUUUGAGGAACUUUGUAAUAAGCCUAAUUUUGAUGUAUUUAUUUACUAAUCUAAUAUUUUUUGUUUUGUUUAUUGUUUAGGAGCAAAUAUAGGUAGGCCAAUUGAAUGUACGUGAUAGUUUAAACUAAUUCAUAUUAAAAUAAUUGAAUAAUUUAAAUUAAAAAAGUUUCUUUCAAUAUAGGAACAUCAAUAACAAAUACUCUAGUUGCAUUUAGUCAAAUAGGAAAUCGAAAUGAAUUUUCUCGUAGUUUUUCAUCAGGCAUUCUUAUGGAUGUAUUUAAUUAUUUAACAACACUUAUACUUUUACCUAUUGAAAUUUUUAUUGAUCGCAUAACGACAAUGUCAGAUAUUUUUCAUCGUGGUGGUUAUUUAGCUCGUGCAAGUGGUGCUAUUGCUGCAACAAUUCCUGAAAAACAAGGAAUAAAUAUUCAAUUACUUAAAGUAAUUACAAAACCUUUAACAAAAUUGAUAAUACAAAUCGAUGAAACUAUGAUAACAAGUAAUAAAACACAACAAACAAUUGGUAAAAUUUAUUGUUAUAAUGAAACAAUUAAAUGUAAAUAUUUAUUUCGAUCAACGAUUGAAAAAUUUGGUGAUUAUACUGUUGGAAUAAUAUUAUUGUUAUGUUCUUUAUUAAUUCUUAGUGGAAUACUUUUACUUAUGGUUAAAUUAUUAAAAUCAAUAAUUGUUGGUGUUAUUGAUGAUACAUUAAAAAAAAUUCUUAAUAUUCAAUCUCAUGGAUGGAAAGAAUAUUUACUUGGUUAUGUUUUUAUUAUUGUUGGUAUUAUUGGAACAAUACUUGUUCAAAGUAGUAGUAUGUAUUUCAAUAAAUAUUUAUUGAAUUAA